AUGCAAUUGCCUGUGUCACAUCUACCUUAUGAUAGUAAGUCUUCUAAAUUAUAUUUUUAGGUAGAUUUUUGACAUAAAAUUAUAUUUUUUUGAAAAAAUGUUCUUUUUCAGUCACUCCACCGCCUCCAUAUCAUUCGGGAACAUCAGACGACUCGUCCAGCGGCCGAUAUUCGGAUUCAUCUUUCAAACCGCCAAUGAAGCGGCAUUCUUCAUGGAAUAACAUCGUGGAUCAUGAAGAUAUCUUCAAGUUGAAUCAAAAAUUACAAGGCUACAACCCGGAUGUUGGUGUGUACACGGUGACAGGCGGUGGGGUGAACUUGAAUCCGUAUGGUACUCAGUUGAGUACGACUGUUGGUCAGACCAGUUGGACGACGAUACCUGCGCACAGUGAGGUUGGUAGUGUGCAUGGAGGCAGUCAGUUGUCGGUUAAUGUGAGUUUGGGGUUUUUAAUGGAUUUUUGAAAUAAUAUAAGGUUAGGAAUGGCAUUUUUAAAAGACUUUAGAUUUUUAUGGGGAUUUAGGCUUAGUUUUGAACUUCUAGGCUAUUUUUUAAUCUUUAGGGUUUUUUAAAAGGUUUAUGCUUAUUUUUGCAACUUUAGGUUUAUUUCCAAAGACUUAGGCUUAUUUUUGAAGGUUUGGGCUUUUUUCAAAGUUUUAGGCUUAUUUUCACAUUUUUAGGCUUGUCUUCGAAAAUGUAGGCUUAUUUUUGAAAGUUUAGGCUUUUUUAAAAAUUUUAAAUUUAUUUUUGUAACUUUAGGCUUAAUUAUGCAAAUAUAGGCUUAUUUUUGAAAAUUUAAGCUGAUUUUUGAAGGUUUGGGCUUAUGCUUGAAAAAUUUAGGUUUUAUUUUGAAGUGCUGGGCUUAUUUUAAUGUAUUAGGGUUAUUUUUGUAUUAGUUGGCUUAUUUUUGAAAUUUUAGGCUUAUUGUUUGAACUCUAGGCUUAUUUUAAAGCAUUUAGGCCUAUCCUUCUAACCUUAGGCUUAUUUUUGAAUGCGUAAGCUUUUUUUUAAAGUUUAUUUUUUAACGUUUGAAAACCUAAACCCCUCAGGCAUUGUUGUUGGUAUUCAAAUACCAUGAUAAACUCUGUAAACUGAAGCCGUGGUAUGCGUGUUAUGCGCGGCCGUAUAUUUACCUUUGGCUCUAUUCAAAUUCGAGAGGUUUAGCGGUCAUGAAGUUUGAAAUUUAAGUAAAUCAAAGGAAGGGGGGGGGGGGGGAAGAGGUAAAGGGAUUAGGUAGUAUUAUAUAGUAAGGUUGAGGUGUUUGGUUGGUGAGCAUGUAUGUCAAGUUGAAGCGACCGGUAAGGACAUUUAUUAGCCUUAAAAGAGGUUAUAGCCAUUGUAGUAUAGGUAUCAUGAUUAGUAUAAAGAGUGAUAUUAGACAAGUAUAGACUGGUAAUUCGACUGGCGUGGAUGAGCAGGGUAGGGUUUGAGAUUAGGGUAGUUUUUUCUGAGGGCAGGGUAAACGAAUUUUGGAAUAAGGUAUGGUAGAGUAGGUUACAAAAUAGGUUCGAGGUAGGGUGGAACAAUGUAGGGUAGGGUAUAGGGCAGGGCAGGUAGGGGAAGGUAAGGUACGGUAGGGUAGAACAGACGGUAGGGCCUAACAAUUUGUUAUUAUAGGGUGGGAUGGUUCUUUGUGUUGGGUUAGGACAGUGCUUGAAGUUAGAGGGGGGGGUUGAUUAUAAGGGCAGGUGGACACAUUUUAAUUGGGGGAGGGGGGGGAGGCAAAGUAAAAUUAAUGUUUUAUAGCUGGGUGGGGUGAAAGGUGGGAUAAGACUUGCGUAGGGUAGGGUAGGGCAUGCUAGGGUAUGGUAGGGUAAGGUGUGGUAGGGUAUGGUAGGGUAGGCUAGGGUAUGUUAGGGUAGGGUAGGGUAUGGUAGGGUAGGGUAGGAUAGGAUAGGGUAGGGUGGGGGUAGGGUAGGGUAGGGUAGGGUAGGGUAGGGUAGGGUAGGGUAGGGUAGGGUAGGGUAGGGUAGGGUAGGGAAGGGAAGGGUAGGGUAAGGUAGGGUAGCGUAAGCUAAGAUAGGGCAGGAUAAUGUAUGUUAGAACACAAAUUAUGCUAAAAGUGUACUGUAUUCUUCUUUACUUUGACCUGUUUCAUUUUGUAAACAACCGUUUCGCUCCCUCCAAACGACCUUUACCAGUAUAUUAUAGUAACUAUAACAUGUUUGAGUUUGUUUGCUCUGUUCUCCGCCGCUUUGGGGGUCAAACACGAGGCGUAAGCCGGCUAACGGUUGCGUCGAGGGCGCAGUUACCGUGGUAACAGCGCGCGAAUUAUUAAAAUUUUGAGACUUUGCGCACUGCCUACAUGAAUAUUGUCAUAGUUCACGCUUCUUUGUGGUCUCUUGGGUUUGUGUGGUAUUUUGGUAGGGAUAGGGUAAGGGUUGCAUAGGGUUUGGCUAGGGCAGAACAUCGUAUGGUAAGGUAGGGUAGGGUAGGGUAGAGUGGGGUAGGCUACGGUAGAAUAGGGUAGGGUACGGUAGAAUAGGGGGUUGUAGUGUAGGGUUGGGUACGAAAUAAAAAGGUAAAGCAGGUUAGGUUAGAGACAGGAUAGAUUACGGUAGUCUUAUGUUAGGACAGGGUAGUAAGGCAGAAAGCAUAGGUUAGGGUAGUGUAUUUUUUUCUCUAACGCCUCUUCUUUUUUUAGUCAUCAUUUAUAAAAAAGAAGGGGGGGGGGGGGGGGGAGUAUAGGAAAGGAAGGGAUAGCACGUAAGCGCCUCAGGGUGCGCAGGUAAGGAGAACUUUCUUUUUCGGCCGAAGGCGAUUAAAAACGCAGAGAGGGGGGGGGGGGGGGCGGAGGAAGUGGGGGAUGGAGAAGGGUAGAGAGGCUAGUAAAUUUGCAUAAAACGAGGUAAAAAGUACAUAGAGAGCUAAGUAGUCAGCUAUAGAAAAUAGAGACUAUAACAAAGCGGAGAGCCAUCUAUUUUAGCCUCAGGGUCGGAACAAUACCGGGUAGGGGGGAGCGCUGUGUUGCAAAUGCAUAGUAACCAUCGGCUUCGACGCGCACAAAACAUUGCAAAAAAGUUGAGAGCGGCCCUCGGGGGCGAAAAUCUGCGUGUGACCACGUGAACUGAACUUUUUUUCGAAAUUUUAAAAUUUUAUUUUAUUUUGUCAUGCUUUUUUGCAUUUUUAAAACGUUUUUUUUUGGAGAGAGAUGGGUAGGGGGUGAGGUAGUAAAGAAUUUUUUUAAAUUGUUGUUGAGUGAUGAGGUUGCUACAAAGGAGGAUCUCAUAGGGUAGGCUGGGGUAAAGUAAGGUAGGGUAGGGUAAAGUAAGGCAGGGUAGAGAAAGUAGGGUGAUGCAUGGAAAGACAAAACGGAGUAGGGUGGCAUGAUAAUUGAAGGGCGAUACGCUUUAGGCUGUUAAACAUUAACGUUGUAAGCCUAAGCCUACUAAGCCUAAGCCUACUAAGCCUAAGCCUACUAAGCCUAAGCCUACUAAGCCUAAGCCUACUAAGCCUAAGCCUACUAAGCCUAAGCCUACUAAGCCUAAGCCUACUAAGCCUAAGCCUACUAAGCCUAAGCCUACUAAGCCUAAGCCUACUAAGCCUAAGCCUACUAAGCCUAAGCCUACUAAGCCUAAGCCUACUAAGCCUAAGCCUACUAAGCCUAAGCCUACUAAGCCUAAGCCUACUAAGCCUAAGCCUACUAAGCCUAAGCCUAAGCCUACUAAGCCUAAGCCUACUAAGCCUAAGCCUACUAAGCCUAAGCCUACUAAGCCUAAGCCUACUAAGCCUAAGCCUACUAAGCCUAAGCCUACUAAGCCUAAGCCUACUAAGCCUAAGCCUACUAAGCCUAAGCCUACUAAGCCUAAGCCUACUAAGCCUAAGCCUACUAAGCCUAAGCCUACUAAGCCUAAGCCUACUAAGCCUAAGCCUACUAAGCCUAAGCCUACUAAGCCUAAGCCUACUAAGCCUAAGCCUACUAAGCCUAAGCCUACUAAGCCUAAGCCUACUAAGCCUAAGCCUACUAAGCCUAAGCCUACUAAGCCUAAGCCUACUAAGCCUAAGCCUACUAAGCCUAAGCCUACUAAGCCUAAGCCUACUAAGCCUAAGCCUACUAAGCCUAAGCCUACUAAGCCUAAGCCUACUAAGCCUAAGCCUACUAAGCCUAAGCCUACUAAGCCUAAGCUUACUAAGCCUAAGCCUACUAAGCCUAAGCCUACUAAGUACACAUUGCGUUUAGUAUGCUUAUUUUGGUUAGGCUAAAUUAAUCAAAUUUUAGUUUCAGACCAAGAAUCCAGUCAACAUUCGGCCGCCACAGCACACACCGGGGCCGGCGAUGCCGCCCCUCGGCUCGCGCCCUCCCUCCGAAGUCCUUCAGCCGAUCGGCGGCUCAACGAUGAUCGAAGGCGGAGGCAAGGGACCGGUCAAGAAGAAGAACAAAAUGCAAGAUUUGAGGAAUUGCUGGGCCAAGCCUAGCAGCAAAUUUUGUUGUCUAGCCAUCUUGGUCAUACUGAUUGGACUUGUUAUUCUGGCUGUUUUUCUGACUCGGAUGCUGGCUUUGCCUACUGUAAGGUUUUUUUAUUUUGGGUAGGGGUAGGAGUGCAAUUCUGAUGGGAUCGGGGGGGGAGGGGUAAAGUAGAAGUUUUGUGUAGGGAUAGGCGCAAAGUUAAUAUUUUGGGUGGAGGGCAGGGUAAAACUUUUGGGUAGGGUAGGGUAGGGGAGGGGUAGGGGUAGGAGUAGGGGUAGGAAAAUGGGUAGGGGUAGGGGGAGGGGUGGGAAAAUGGGUAGAGGUAGGGGUAGGGGUAGGAAAAUGGGUAGGGGUAGGCGGAGGGGUGGGAAAAUGGGUAGAGGUAGGGGUUGGGGUAGGGUAUGGGUUAUGUAAAAUACGUUAGAUUUAACAUCGUAUUAUACUUAAAAUAUCAUUUCUAGAACCUCAGCUGGACCUGGAUGGCCCCACCCUUGGAGCGGCAUCAUAAUGAGAAUCCAAAUGAGUUUCAUAUGCAAGUUGCAGAUCAACAAGUUCGAUUGGAGCAGAAGGGAUCUGUCCCAUUCACUUCGAAUUACAUUAGCUUUUUAGACUUUAGAACGGUUGGUUUUUGAAAAAUUUAGGCUUAAAGUUUGGUUAUAGGCUUAAAUUUAAUUUUAGGGUUGAAAUUUGAAUUUAGGCUUAUAAUCUUAAUUUUAGGCUUAAAGUUAGAUUGUAGGCUUCAAAUAUGAUUUUUUGGCUUAAAAUAUGAUUUUUAUGUUGACAAUUUGACUUUUAGGUUAAAAAUUAACGUAUAAGGCUUAAAUUUGAUUUUUGGUUUAAAAUCUGACUUUUAGGCUUAAACUCUGUCUUUUAGGCUUAAAACUGAGUUUUAGACUUUAAAUUUGACUUUUAGGCUUAAGCUCUGACUUUUAGGCUUAUACGCAGGCUUUUAAGCUUAAAAUUAGAGUUUAGCCUUAAAAUCCGAUUUUUAGGCUUAAAUUUGAAAUUUAGGCUUAAAAUAAAAAGUGUUGGGUUUAAGGUUUGCCUAUUAGGCUUAAAUUAGGUUUUAGGCUUAAAAUUUGUAUGUUAGGCUUACCAUUUGAAGUUUUUAAGAAUUUUUUUUUAAAUUUGUAAUUUUGCUUUAAAUUUUUAAACUGACGUUUUUUUUAGAAAAAAAUUGCCAUAGUGGACACGUCUCUCCGCGCUAGCGGAGGCGAGCAAAUUUGCUUUGUCAUGAAUUUGGAUCAAAACGACAUUUCUUCAUUGGAACAUUUCCAACGUGCCGCCAGGACUGGGGCUAACGUGAGUUUUUUGACACGAAAUUUAAAAAAAAUGGCAAAAACUUUCUUUACAAGACAAGAAAUUGCAAGAACUUUCUUUACAAAGCAAAAAAUGUCAAGAACUUUAUUUACAGAGCAAAAAAUGGCAAGAACUUUCUUUACAAAGCAAAAAAAGCCUAAUUAUUGAUUUCUUAACCGCCAAUAGAAACAAACUUCGUAUUUUACAAUAUUUUUCAGAAAGUCGAGCAAAAGAAUGGCUGGAAAGAGGUGUGGACAUUAAAUGCCAUUCCUAUUUCGAAUCCUCAGCUAUCGACACAACUUUUGACACCUGAACCAGCUGAAUGUCGCGGAGCUAGAUGGGUUGAGUUGGUCAGGACAAACAGUAAUCAGAAGAGUAAGAAUUUUAAUAAAAUAUGGCAAGAACUUUCUUUACAAGGCGAGAAAUUGCAAGAAUUUUCUUUACAAAUUGAAAUAUGGCAAGAACUUUCUUCACAAAAGAUAAAAUUGCAAGAACUUUCCUUAAAAAGCAAAAAAUGGCAAGAACUUUCUUUACAAAUUGAAAUAUGGCAAGAACUUUCUUUACAAAUCGAGAACUUUCAAAAUUUUUAUAAUUCAUCGUAUGACUUGUCACCUGCAGGCAGCCGUGUAUAAAAUGUGGUUUUUUACGAUAAAAUUGCAUAAAUUUUCUUUACAAACUAAAAAAUGGCAAGAACUUUCUUUACAAAACAGAAAAUGACAAGAACUUUGUUUACAAAGUCAAAAAAGAUAUAAUUAUUCAUACUCGUCGUAUAACUUGUCACCUGCAGGCAGCAGCUUUCAAAAAUGAGGAUUUUACGAAAUUUUUUCAAAAACAAGACCAACAAUACCAUUUUCAGGCGUCCGCUGUGCCGAAUGCAUGGACUUUUGCAUCCCCCACUAUUUUAUCGAAUACGACAAUUUGAGGCAACAGAACUACCUUAAUAUCAAGCAGAGAGACUGUUUCUACUUCUUUGUUCCUCAAUGGAAGGGCUUCGCCGCCGCUCAACAGAUCAACAAUGCUCAGGUAGGGGUGGAAUGCCAGUUUUUAUAAGGCUUUGGUUUGAAGAUUUUGAAAUUUUAAAUUGUUAUCGUAUUGAGGAUACUGUAGUUUCUAAAAAUUAAUUUCAUAAUUUUGUUUGUUAUUUCUAAAAAUUUUUAUGGCCGUUUUUGGGCGUGCUUAACAUUGGUGCGGAGCUUCACUUUACCCCCUCUUUGAUUGUCAUUUGUUCUUCUUUUUCCUGUUCAUCUUCUUUCUUUUCUUCUUUCUUCUUAUUAUAUGUUUUUUGCUUUUUCUUCUUCUUCCUCAUCUUGUUUCUUUGCUUCUUCUUAUUAAUCUUUUUUUAAUUUUCUUUUUUCUUGUUAUUCACCUUCUUCUUCAGCUUAUUCUUUCUUGUAUUCUUCUUUUUGUUCUAAUUUUUCUUCUUCUUGUUCUUCUUACAUUUCAUCAAUUAUUUUUUGGUUAGGAUAUGAAGUAACGUAGAGCAGGGCACCUAUUAGGGUAGGGUAGUUUAUGGUAUGGUAUGGUAGAGUUCGAUAGAGUAUGGUAAAAUAAGGUAUGGAAUGCUAAGAAGGGUAAUGUAAAAUUAGGACGUGUACGUACGGCUUGAUACUUAUUGACCUGUCAGUAUUGUUUGAAAAAGGCAUACUGUAGGCAAAUGGCAGCAACUUGAACCGUAGGGUAGGGUAAGGCAGGGUAGGGUAGAGUAGGGUAAGGUAGGAUAGAGCAAGGUAGGGUAGUACGAGGUACAGUAACCUAAGCUUAUUUUUUCUAAGCCUAAUAGGGCUACGCUCAGUGCCGGGCGGGGACUUUUGGUCUGGGGGCUCAAGCCUACUUACUAAUACUGUCAUUUCUCUUUUUAAUGCCUAUUUUUGAGUGUAUACAUUACCUAACCAUUGCUCUUCCUCUCCUAUAAUCUCACAUCAUAUCUACCCAGCUUGUUUUAGUUCCAAUCCCCAUCCCAAUCGCCGCUCCCAGCCAAUGUACCGCUCUCACAGUUAUUAAAUUCACCCCACCCCACCUCCUCUUUACAGUCGAUGAAUCAGGCAAGAGUUGGGCAAGGUCAAUUCGGACAAAACAAUCAAAUUGGUGGACAAUUUGGACAAAACGGUCAGUUUGUCAAUCAGGCCGGUCAAUUCGGAAGCCAAGGCGGACAAAGCGGGCAAUUCGGACAGAAUGGACAAUUUGGACAAAAUGGGCAAUUCGGACAAAACAGUCGUAAUCAGAACGGUCAAUUUGGCCAGAAUAAUCAGUUUGGACAAAAUGGCCAAUUUGGGCAAAACGGACAAUUUGGACAGAAUAACCAGAACGGACAGUUUGGACAAAAUGGCGGUGGAGGAAGUAGCUUGUCCGGAGGCAUUAACCAAAUUGGCCAAGGAAUUGGACAACUUGGACAGGCUGUAGCUCAGAACCCGACCGUGCAAAGGGUUGGCAGUGCUAUUGGGGACGCGGCCGAAAGCCAAUGGAUCAACUUGAAACAAGUACCAGGUGAGGAGUGGGGCUAUUGGGGCUUUGUGUUAGGGAAUGGUGGGACUUUUGGUACUUGCUUGAUAGGGCGGGGUAAAAUAGAUGUUAGGGUAGGGUACGGUAUGGUAGGGUAUUUUGAGGUAGGGUAGGCCAAGGUGGGUACGGUAGAGUUGGGCAGGAUAAAAUAAGAUAAGGUAGGGUGGAGCAGGAAAGGGUAGGGCAGGGUAAGGUAAAGUAGGGUAGGGUAGAGUAGGGUAGGGUAGGGUAAGCGUAUUGAGUCUAUCAGUAGUACUAUAACCCUUAAUGGUACUACUGGUACACUUGGUACUAAAUAAGUUCAAAAUUAAAAUGAAUUUUCGAAAAAAUUUUUUUUUAUUUUAAAUUUUUUUAAUCUUAAAAAUUUUCCAGGUCAAAUAGCCAACUUCUCGAGCGAAGCAGUCCAAAACCUUCAAGCAAAUGCCAAUCAGUGGGGUCAAAACCUGUUUGGAAAUGAUAACAGAACCCCACAAACUCCGUCUCAGCUAUUCAAUCAACAAAACAACAAUAAUAAUGGACAGGUAAGGCUUUUUUAGUCGAAAUUAUUGAUAAAAAAUUGAAUUUUGGGGUGGAAAGAAAGUUAUCGCGGUUUUUGAAAAUUGAAAGUUUUGAAAAAAAUGACGAAAAAUGGCAGUUUAGGCUUAUAAAUGGCAUUUUAAGCAGGUUUUUCAAAAUGAAAAGGUAUUUUUGAGGUGGAAAGAAAGUUAUUGCGGUUUUUUAAAAAAGUCAAAAAUUUUGUAAAAAAUUACAAAAAAUGAAAUUUUAGGCUUAUGAACGUCACUUGUAAGUAGAUUUCUUAAAAUUUGAAAAAUAUUUUUGGCUGGAAAGAAAGUUUUUGUGGUUUUUCUAAAAAGUCAAAAAUUAAUUUAAAAAAUGACAAAAAAAUGUUAUUUUAGGCUUAAAAAUAUCAUUUUAAGUAGGUUUUUAAUAGUUAAAAAAUAUUUUUGGCUGUAAAGAAAGUUCUUGCGGUUUUUAAAAUUGUUAAAAAAAAGUUUAAAAAUUUAACGAAAAAUCAAAAAUUUGAGCGAUUUAGGUAAAAAACUGCACGAAAAAUAAAAUUUUCUAAUCUUUUGAACAUUUUUUAAAGUGAUAAGACCAUUUUUUCAUUAACAAAACAACACUAUCCACCCUCACCUUGAUAUUGUUCUAGGCCUUUAACCCAUCACAAUCACAGAUCCCUUUCACGGCACGUAACAUUGACUCGAACCCGCCCAAUUUCAAUUCACAGAACGGUCAAUUCGGGCAGAAUAAUGGCGCAGUCCCGAUGCAACUCAACACGAAUCAAGGCCGAAUGCAAUGGGAUCAGCAAACCGGCUGGCAGCCCGAGAAUCAGAAUGUCAAUACUCCAACGUUGAAUCAGGUAGGUUGGAAAGAAAGUUGUUGCGGUUUUUGAAAGUGUUUAAAAAUUUAAAAUCUUGUUGAAAAUCACGUUGUUUGUUGUUUUUAAGCACGCUUUAAGCGUUUUUUAAAGAAAAUACGGCUCAUGCAACCUGCGGGAGACAUGUUAUACGAUGAAACAUGUCUAAAGUGAUUUGGAAGGAAAGUGCGUGCGGUUUUUGGAAAAGUCUAAAAAUUUUUGUUAUUUCAAAGAAUACUUUUUCAUUUCUGUUUUAAUCACAUCUUAAGCUUUUUUUUUACAAAAAUUUUGCUUUUGCAGCCUGCGAGCGACAGGUUAUACGAUGAAACAUGUCUCCAGUUAGCUGGGAAUAAAAUUCUUGCGGUUUUUGAAAAUGUUUAAAAAUUUGUUCUAUUGAUAAAAAAUGCUUUUUCGUAUCUGUUUUAAUCACAUUUUAAGCGUUUUUGCGAAAAUUUGGCUUUUGCAGCCUGCGAGAGACAUGUUAUACGAUGAGACGUGUCCAAAACUAAAAAUCAAGAUAUUGUUCGUAUUUUACAAAAUCUAGCUAAUUUUACGUAUUUUAGAACUUGCAACACGAACUCAAUGGUCCACAUGCGUUCAACAACCAAGGCUGGGUCAAUGCUCAAGGAUAA